AUGCGAUUCAUCCAGGUCAUCGCCAUCCUCCCAGCUCUUGCUGCGGCGCAAGAGCAGGUUCCCCUUGGGGACCGUGUUCAGGGAUGGUUGAACAAAGCCAAGUCUUACCUGCCAACUGCAACUCCCGUCAUUCCCCCAGUGGUUGAGAAGGUGGUCGAACAGACCAAGAAGAUCCAGGAGAAGACUGUCACCCCCUGGAACGCGAGCAACUGGCAGUCUAUCCUGGAGCCAUCUUCCGAGCCACAGGAUUGGCUCUUGUACAUUACCGGUGGUAACAAGACAUGCUUCGGUCGCUGUGGUCCGGCGGAUAAGGCGUUCAACGAAUCGGUCCUGCUGUUCUCUGCAGACCCAACCUCGCCCAACCUUGGUUAUUUGAACUGUGACUCCGACCAACUCCUGUGCUCCACCUGGUCUGCUGGCGCUCCCUCCGUCUGGUACUUUAAGGUUCCCCAGGCUCAGCUCGGAGAAGGACGUGCUGCUACUCCUCUUCACAUCGUCCACUUGAACGCGACGACUGUGACCCCGCAGGAAAUCUACAAGAUCCACUCCGAGAAGACCUAUGAGAAGACCCCUGCCUAUGAGGGUGCCCUUCACCCAACCGACGGCUGGCUGGCACAGAACAACCUUCUGAUUCCUGUGGGCUAUGUCAUCUAUGCUUUCGGCGUGGUUCCUAGCUGGCUUUUCAUGAUCUUCAUCAGUUUCUUCAGCCGAACCAUGAUGAGCCGUCGCGUGGGCAACGCUGGAGCCAAUCGUCCUAAUUAG